UGUGACGCAUAAAAGGAGUGUCCCUAGCAGCAGCCAUUUUGCCCGAACCGGCGACACGGUAUUGCGGUGCGGUUAGACAUUUUUCUUAACUGCAGUGGUGUUCUAUUGCUACUUCCAAUGAUUAUCUAUUUUCAAUUUUAAUCGUUUAGUCUUAUAAAUUUCACAUCACACCUGACGGUGAAUUUUUUCAGGGCAUCAGUAAUAUAGUCAUCUCAGAUCAUCAAAAAUGUCCGUCGACAAGGAGGAAUUGGUGCAGCGCGCCAAGCUUGCUGAGCAGGCUGAGCGAUACGACGACAUGGCGGCCGCGAUGAAGGAAGUCACCGAAACCGGAGUCGAGCUCAGCAACGAGGAGAGGAAUUUACUUUCCGUCGCCUACAAGAACGUCGUGGGCGCUCGACGGUCAUCAUGGCGAGUCAUAUCCUCUAUCGAACAGAAAACCGAAGGUUCGGAAAGAAAGCAACAAAUGGCAAAAGAAUAUAGGGUUAAGGUAGAAAAAGAGCUCAGAGAAAUCUGUUACGAUGUCUUGGGUUUACUCGACAAACACCUUAUUCCUAAAGCUAGUAAUCCAGAAAGUAAAGUAUUUUACCUCAAAAUGAAAGGUGAUUAUUACAGGUACCUUGCAGAAGUGGCCACAGGAGAAACCAGAAAUUCCGUCGUGGAGGACUCACAGAAGGCCUACCAGGAGGCGUUUGACAUUGCUAAGGCCAAAAUGCAGCCUACCCAUCCCAUCAGGCUUGGCCUCGCACUCAACUUUUCUGUAUUUUAUUACGAGAUUAUCAACUCUCCUGCGAGAGCGUGUCACUUAGCCAAACAGGCAUUCGAUGAUGCGAUCGCAGAAUUAGACACCCUGAAUGAAGAUUCGUACAAAGACUCUACGCUGAUCAUGCAGCUGCUGCGAGACAACCUGACGCUGUGGACGUCGGACACGCAGGGCGACGGCGACGAGCCGGCCGAGGGCGGCGACAACUAAUGUGGCGCCGCGCCCAAUACGCAUUUGUUCUCAUCGGUGUUUUAUAAGAAAACGAGUAACAUUCGAGAACGUCGCGCGGCGCGGACCUCCGCGGCCGUUGCGAGCCGCUUGUAAAAAAAAUGUUAAAAAUGUCGUUCGCAGCGGACCUUCACGUUCCGUCUAAAAUUAAAUGUUAUGUGUCAUCUUUGACGGUUUUAUAUUUCUGUAUUUACACUGGAUUACAGAUAUCGAGCUGACCUGAUGAAUAUAAAUAUUUAUAACUUAAGUUAUUAAAAUUACGGUUUCUUAAGUUAAAAGUGUUUUCCUUUCUUGAUUAGAAACGACUUUACAGCCCGGUCGGCCCCCAUAUAACAUUCCUUUCGCCGCAUGUCCGCAGUGAAAUGGAGAUCAUGAUGGUGAAUUUUUUGAAAAUAAUAAAAUUAGUUAUUAAAAUUGUUAAAAUGACGCCCAAAAUAACCAAAUAAAAUUAGAUUUUCAUAUUUAUUAAAUUUACAAAAUGUAAUGGCUGUAUCAAAUUAGGGCACAAAAAACUUGUUAGUGUCUUUGUGGUUUUGUGAUGACCUCAAUAUAUAAAUACAUAUUACCAAAGCAAAUUUUAACGUUGACAUUAACCAUUUUGUUGUGCCCAUUACUGAUUUAACAUAUAGCAUUUUGGAUUUUUCAGGCAUUUAUUAGCAAAAUAGUUUUGUGAUGGACAAAUAUUGUAACAUUUCUGCUGCAUUUUAUCAGCCAUUAAUCUAUUAUAUUUUUCAUGUUUUCACCAAUAAACUUUUGUAUUAAAUACAAUUUUUAGUUUUAGAACCAAUAUUUAAAUAAACCGCCACCUAUUAACCCCAAAAA